UUUCAAGGAUUUUUUAUUGUCUUUUAACAUAUAUAGCUUCUGCUACUCGAAACUCAAUACCAUGGCUUGAUAAGGAUACUAUUCAAGGAACAAUGCCAUCCUGUUUCAAACCUAAUUACAUCAACACGAGGGUGAUUAUUGACUGCACCGAGUUUCCUAUAGAAGUACCACGAUCGAUAGAAAAUCGUAUACACACUUACUCUCAUUACAAAAAAGGGUUCACGGCUAAAGUUCUAAUUGGAUGUGCACCCAAUGGGCUUAUUACUUUCAAAUCAGCAGUGGCUGGUGGGAGAAAAAGCGAUUCCCAAAUUACUGUCGAAAGUGGCCUUUUAGAUUUGUUGGAAAGUGACGAUGUAAUAUUAGCCGAUAAGGGUUUUCCAGAAGUGAAAACUAAAAUAGACGAGAGUGGGAAAAGAGUCCUGCUUGUAAUGCCUCCUUUUUUAAGAGAUCAUGAGUUCACUGAAGAAGAAUGUGCAAAGACUUACAGCUUUGCAAAUGUCAGAAUUCAUAUCGAACGAAUAAUGCAAAGAAUAAAAUUGUUCAACAUUUUCAACAAGGUCCCGGCUCAUUUAUUCGAUAAAAUUGACGAUAUUCUUCACGUUUGUUAUGUAGUAUGUACUAGUAAAUUUACAGCCUCCAAUUAUUGCUACAGAAGAGAGCUUAGAAGAAAGUUAUUGUGA